AUGUGCACAGGGCCGGUUAGGGACUUUAUACGCAACUUGUGCAAGUGUAACAAACGAAAACGUGAAAGAAAUGAAAGAGGUGAAAGAAAUGAAAAAGGUGAAAAAAGUGAAAGAGGUGAAAGAGAUGAAAGAUCUGAAAGAGGUGAAAGAGCUGGAAGAUAUGAAAGAGACGAAAGAGGUGACAGAGCUGGAAGAGAUGAAAGAGGUGAAAGAAAUGAAAGAGCUCAAAGAAAUAAAAGGGGUGAUAGAGAUAAAAAAGCUGAUAAAGGUGAAAGAGGUGAUAAAACAACUGAGGAAAAUGCCGAGAAGGAUCUGGAGUUCCUGCCCCCGUCGCCGGUGGAGGGUGAAAUGGCCUCCUACUUCCAUGUGGGAUUCCUGGCCAAGAUGUGCCUUAUCCACGGCUACGACCACGGCGUUUGGAAGCUGCAGACCACUUCGAAGACGGAGAACGACUUCUACCUGACCAGUUUUGGCGAGGGUUACCCGACGUGGAACUCGAUCUACGGAGGACUGGAGGCCUACCAGGAGAAGGGAAACUAUCACGCAUCCCUAGCCUGGCUGACUGACCGUUCUUUGUUGUCCGAUCUCGGGGCUCGUGGUGAAGCUUUGGGAGGAAUAUGGUCCUCCAUUCUAAAGACCAACCUAACCACGAGUGACGGAUGUGAGUGUCAGUGCAAGCUGAAGUGCGGCUUUGAACGCAAUCCGGGAAAAGUGGAGCUAUUCGUUCCAAUUUAUAGGGAACCCUUGUUGAUGGGCUACAUUCUUAUAGAGCCAGCCACAAAUUAUUUGCUAGGUUACCGCACAGUAUUCAACGUGGAGGAUAGAAAAUUCGAAAUGCACGCCUUUUGUGCGGGCUUCAGCAAUAAUUCAACGGAAGUGGGAAUUAAACUGGAGAAUUUCGAGCAUCUCCGAGGAUCAAUAUUCCAGCGCAUUGGAGAGAAGUGGGCCUUGGCUUUGAAGACUAACCUUUAUGGAAACGUGAAUGCUAGGCAUUUAUCAUUUGGAGGACAAUACGAAUGGAAGCCUGGUACCUUACUUAAAGCAAAAUUGAGAGGCAAUUCUCGUAUUGCGUUUUCUUUCCAACGGAGAAUCCGUAAAGAUAUUGCAGUUUUGUUUCACGUUGGCUUCGAUGGAAACAAUCCCAUUAAUGGAAAGCACUCAAUCGGCACUUCCUGGUAUUUCAAUGAAUAGAAUUGAAAUAAUCAUUGGUUUUUAAUUAAAUACAGACUAUAUUUUAAUCAAAA